AUGUCCAUCCAAAGCAAAGUUAAAGCGACCCUGACCAACUUGCCGUCGGCGACGUUGUUUGGGCUAUACUUCGCCCCGACACCUAACAUGAUCAACUCGCCAACCAACAACACGAUCGUGUACAACAUCGCUUACCAUACCGCAAUCACGGUCGAUCUCGUCAAGGCCGCACUAGACUCUGUAGUGACUUCCGCCAACCCAUCCGCUUCGUGCAAGCUUGUGUAUGCCUCAACGAUAGGCGACACAACCAACUACGUUGUAGAACGGUCGUUGGAGGCCACAACAGCGACCGACGUUGUGAUCACUGUACCAGCAACGAGACCUGUCCGUGCAGGUAUUCAUCCUGAACGACUCUGCGCCGAACGCUGA